GCAGCCCAGGCAGAUGCCGCUGAGGCAGCCACAUGUUCCAGUAUUCUCCAAGCAGUCAAGGAAGGCAAAUUGGGUGCUGUACGGCACUUUCUUUGCACACGCGGUUGCAGACAAAUAGACCAGUUCGGUGCAACACCACUGCAUUGGGCAGCGAACAAUGGCCAUUCCAAUGUGACCGAACUCCUGGUCGCUGCGGGCACGGCUGUUGAUGUUACUGAUGGGAAUGGCGCUACUCCGUUGCACAAGGCCGUGGCCAAAGGUCACGGCAAUGUUGCAGAGCUGCUGUUGGUGCAGGGUGCUGAGGUGAACAGAGCUGAUAGGAAGGGUUGCACACCACUGCAUUGUGCAGCUCACAAUGGGCAUUGCCCCGUGGCAGAUCUCCUGUUGGCCAGGGGUGCCACAGUGCAUGUACAGGAUCAGCGCGGUGCUACACCACUCCACAAGGCUGUGGCUAGAGGCCAUACUAACAUGACCGAGCUUCUUCUAGCACAAGGGGCUGCAGUGGAUACAGCGGAUGAGAAGGGUGCAACUCCACUCCACAAGGCAGUGGCCAAAGGUCACGGCAGCGUGGCAUUGCUGCUAAUUGCGCAGGGUGCCGCGGUGGAUGUCAGGGAUAAAAAGGGUCGAACACCUCUCCACUGGGCGGCCUACAAUGGAUACAGCAGUGUGGCAGAGCUUCUUCUGGCAGAGUGCGCAGCUGUGGGCAUCACCACUUUUGGUGGCCGAACACCUUUGCACAAAGCAGCCUACCGUGGUCAUAGCACCGUGGCGGAAGUCUUGCUAGCGAAGGGUGCGGCCGCUGAUGCUACAGAUGGAAUUGGUCUCACACCCCAGCGCAUGGCAGAGGACAAUGGUCACUACUCAUUUGUGCAGCUAGUGACGCCUCGAGGCGUUGGCAAAGAAUUCGAGAAGCAGAAGCAGCUUGUGUUCUGUGCCCCAGAGGAUGCAACCAAAUGUGAAUGUUCCAACAUUCUUCAAGCGGCACUGGAGGACAAGCUGGGUGCAGUGAGACACUUUCUGGAGAUCGAUCCUACCAGUGUGAAAAAAGCAGACAAAAAAGGUCGAACUGCCUUGCAUUGUGCUGCCCACAGCAAUAGCAGUUCUAUUGCUCAGCUUUUGCUGAGUAAGGGUGCUGAUGUUGAUGCUACAGACGGAGAGGGCCGUAUGCCCCUGCACUGGGCAGCCUUGCUGGGUCAAUGCUCCGUGGCAGAGCUUUUGCUGAAGAUGAGUGCCACUGUCGAUGCGAAAGAUCGCGAGGGCCGAACGGCGCUGCAUUGCGCCGCGCACAACGGGAAGACCUCAGUGGCACAGCUCCUUUUGGCCAAUGGUGCCAAAGUGGAUGAAACAGAUGGAGAAGGUCGAACGCCACUGCAUGUGACGGCCAUGGUUGGCCGCUGUUCCACGGCAGAACUUCUUUUGGAGCAUGGUGCCACCGUAGAUGCUAUGGAUGACGGCAACGGCACCCCAUUGCACGCAGCUGCUCUCAACGGUCGCCAUGGGGUGGCCGAGUUGCUGUUGGCGAAGGGUGCUGGGGUCGACAUGGCAGACUGCAACGGUCGCAGGCCAUUGCACUGGGCCGCCUGCUUGAGCCACUGCUCUGUGGCCGAGCUACUCCUGUCGAAAGGCGCCAUGCUGGAUGCCGUGGAUGCGCAAGGCCGAACCGCCGCAGAUUGGGCGGAUGAUUUCAUGGCCAAACUGCUCAGGACAGCUGCUCUCACCAGCUGA